AUGGAUCUGGCUAUCCUCCGGUGCGAUGUCGUUCAGGAUCCCUUCACGACGUGCUCUCGGUGUCGCCGUCUCAAGCUCGAGUGCAAAAUCGAGUCGAACUUCAAGCGGAUAGGCAAACGCAGCCGCAAUGCGGAAAUGGAGCGGGAGAUCAUCGAGCUGAGGAAGCAGGUUGCAAACGCCAAUGCCGCCGCCGCCGCUGCUGCUGCUGCGUCCAUGAAUCAACAGCAGCCGCAACUGACACCGACAAAGCAAGAGACACCGUCCAUUUCGACGCCCAUAAGCAGUGCAGCCGGAGUCUACCAGGGCUCGUCGGGAAUGUCCGCAGACCAAUACAUGGGUUCACACGAGGCCGUCGCAUCACUGCUGGACUUGCGGUCAGGCUUUGAUGGUUCUUCGAGUUAUAUGAGGAACGGUGGCCAUCAAUUUAAGCGAAUUGAAGAUGUUAUGGUGGCUCCAGAGAGGGUGACCGAGUUGUUCAAUCUAUUCUUCACCUUUUAUCAUCCGUUUCUGCCAUUCCUUGACAGAGACCAGUCCCCGGACGACUAUUACUCCACGUCACCAUUGCUUUUCUGGACAAUCAUAAGUGUCGGGGCCCGUCGUUACCAAACGGAUUCUCAUCUUCUAAACUCACUUGCUGCUCCGGUCACAAGACUGGUCUGGAGUACUCUAGCGGACAUCCCACAGAGCUACCAUGUGGUUAAGCCUCUGUGCCUACUCUGCACAUGGCCUUUUCCCACAAGCAGCACCUCAACCGACCCUACAUUCAUGCUUUGCGGAAUGAUGAUGCAGGUUGCAAUGCAGCUUGGUCUCCAUCGGCCUUCACACACCCAGGAUUUCAGCAAGUUCCGCAUCGAACUCAUGGAGGAAGAACUGAGAGACAAAGUGAGAACCUGGGCCGUCUGCAACAUUGUCGCACAGAGGGUUGCUACUGGCUACGGGCAACCUCCUUCGACGUUGUAUGACUGGACUCUGUCCAGUGGUGAAUCCGCUGAUCCCAAUUUCAAGCUUCCCAGCGACAUCAGGUCUAGGCUUGAUAUCGAGAAUUUCUGCGAUAAGAUCACAAAAGCGCUGUACAACAACCGACGGGAUCCAGUUGGCCUCUCUAGUGACAGUGAACGGUCUGCAGUCGUCUCUCUCCUGUCCAGAGACUUUGACGAUCUGGAAGAUGAGCUUAGAUCUGAUAAUGACGCGAUAACUGAACUCUACUUGCGCGCCUCCAAUCUACAUCUGCAUCUGUCUGCCUUUUUCGAUAACCCGACAGCUAAAGACUACCGGGAAGGUCUUCUGUCUCUACAUAGCGCGACGACGGCAUUUCUGGAAGCUGCUUUGAAUCUUGAGACCCAUGUCGGCCCAGUGCUCUCUUAUACCCCUUAUUACAUAUAUCAGAUGAUGUUGGCUGCUGGUUUCACCCUUCUCAAACUGUGCAAGAGCUUUUUUGCGGCACACAUCGAUCUGGAGUACAGCAGAAAUCUAUUCAACAGGACCAUCUGGGCCAUUCGAGCUAUCUCUGUCUCUAACAACGAUCUUCCGGAACGGCUCGCUGAAGUGCUUGCCCAAAUGUGGAGACUUGGCGGAACUCCUAGCCAGCGACCUACGGGCAGUAACGCCGAAAUUGAUGAUUCUUUGCAGCUGAGGGUGCGCUGCCGCAUGAGCAUGUCGCUCGUGUAUGAUUCAGUGUGGAGAUGGAGAGAAGAUGCACAGACAAGGGGAAGAAAUAUCGAAGCCUAUCUCAAGAAUCCGACCAACCCAGACUCCAGUGCGGAUAAUUCAGCAACAUCCUCCACUGCUCCAGGACGAAACUCGUCGACUCCUGCUGUUGGUGGUGGUGAUCCCAGUCUGGCUCCAGCCCCCUCCAUGCCAUCAGCCGGCCUCGGGAUGACACCUGCCAACGGCGGUGUUUCUGGCCUGCCGAGCAAUUUUAUGGAGCCUAAUUACGAAGUCUUUGACCCUCUCAACUGGCUUCUCGAUGGGCUAGUCGACUUCCCUUACUCGUACAACGCAGUGCAGGGCCUUGAAACCCAGGGCAUUGCAUAAAAACAGGGCGACCGGCGUUCCUCCAUAAUACACCAGUUUUCUGAUGGGUGGCCGUUUGCAGCCCGCCUGCGCUUCUCGAUUUCUGUAUAUUGUGCCAGUUAGGUCCAUCAACUCUGAACCUGCUUUCUGAGGUUUGAGAGAGCGAAGGCGUCCGGAAGUUUCUUUUUUGUUUUACCUCUGAUGAUUGACGUGUAUAAAUUCAGUCUCUGAUCACAUAUCCACGACCGUUUCUUGUCAUGUUAUCUUUUUUGAUCUAUUUUGUGCCGAUUAUGUAUUAUGUGGCCAGGAUAUGUGCGCAAUGAUAUACCAGUAUGGAUGAGGCCCUCCGUCGGCUUUGGCAGGACUCCCCCAUACCAUCUGUUAUAGAUGCAGCCAAUAAUAAAUAACUUCUCUUCAAUAUAACCAG